AUGGUGAGAUUGAACGUAUAUUUUAAUGUCAUAAGAAUUGGAAGCUGUUGGAAUGGACAAUGUGAGGAAGACAAGCGAUCCAAAGGAGGAGGAGGUAAAGGUGGUGGCUGGCCAAGUGGUGGCGGAGGUGGUGGCUGGCCAAGUGGUGGCGGAGGUGGUGGAUGGCCUAGUGGUGGCGGAGGAGGUGGAUGGCCUAGUGGUGGCGGAGGAGGUGGAGAUUGGGCUGGAGGAGGUGGAGAAGAGGAUUGGCCUAGCGGAGGAGGUGGAGGUGGUGGUUGGGAAUCUGCUCUCAGAACCUGGAAAGCACCACCAAAUUCCUUCAAAAGCAAAAGGAGACGACAAAACGAGAGCAGGACCCGUUGGAAAAACACUGGUGAGCCUCCAUGGAAAAGCUCUAAAAAAUCUAAAUGGCGCGAUACUGAAGAAACUGACUGGAAAGACACUGAUAUUGAAGAUUGGCAAGACUCUAAGGGAUCUGAUUGGCCUGAUCCCGAUAAAGAUAUACCAGAUUGGGCAAAAGCCGAAGGAUUCGGUUGGGCAGGCGAACAUGGAGAUGAAGGGAUUGAUUGGGAUGAUUGGUGA